UUAAAUCAUCUUCCUCACUUCCAAUUUCAUUUCUUAGAGCCGUCGUUUCAGAUUUCUUCUUCUUCCAGAGAGAGUCAAGAGUAACGGUGAGCUUUGGAUCUAAUCAAUCAACGAUGGAAGUUGCUUUUCCAUCUUCACCGCCGGCGAAAUGCAUCGGUGAUGACCGAUUAACCAUGGAUUUCUCCAAAUUAGGAUUCCCAGAAGAAGAAGAAAUUAAAAAAUUGGAAAGAUCGUGGAGUAAACUCGAAGAAUCCGUCGAAUUUAACGAAGACGAAGACGAUGAAGAUGAAGAAGAAGAAGAAGAGUUUUCGUUUGCUUGUGUAAACGGAGAAGGAUCUCCAAUAACAGCUGAUGAAGCUUUCGAAGAUGGUCAGAUCCGUCCUGUGUUUCCUCUGUUUAACCGCGAUCUUCUCUUCGAUUACGAAAACGACGAUGACAAAAGCGACGACGUUUCGGUCACCGACGAGAACAGACCACGUCUUAGAAAAUUAUUUGUUGAGGAUCGUAACGGUGACGGUGACGGCGAAGAGACGGAGGAUUCUGAGAAAGAACCGUUAGGACCGUAUUGUUCUUGGUCAGGAGGAACGGUUGCGGAAGCGUCGCCGGAGACUUGCCGGAAAAGUAACUCGACGGGAUUUUCUAAGCUUUGGAGAUUUAGAGAUCUUGUUUUGAGAAGUAAUAGUGAUGGAAGAGACGCGUUUGUUUUCUUGAAUAAUAAUAACAACGUCGGUGACAAGACUCGGACUCGGUCUUCUUCGUCGUCGUCUGCGGCGGCGGAGGAGAAUGAUAAGAAGGUGGUGACAGAGAAGAAAAAGGGGAAGGAGAAAACGACGACGACGACGGAGACGAAGAAGAAGACGAUGACUAAAUCGGCGCAUGAGAAGCUGUACAUGAGAAACAGAGCGAUGAAGGAAGAAGUGAAACACAGAUCGUAUCUUCCGUACAAACAAGUUGGGUUCUUCACUAAUGUGAAUGGUCUUAGCAGAAAUAUUCAUCCUUUCUGACCAAAAAAAAAAAAAUAAUGAGAAUGGUUUUUG